AACUCCAUGAAGACUUACUUGGUCUUCGUUCAUAUAGGCAGUCAUGUUUUUCUGUAGCAUCUCUGGCGAACCCCCUCAGGACCCGGUCAUUUCCACAAAAUCUGGCCAAGUUUACGAGCGUCGGUUGAUUCUUAAAUACAUCACUGACAAUGGCACCGACCCGCUGACGGGGGAGAAGCUCGAGGAGUCGGACUUGUUGACUAUCAAAGCCAACCCCAAAACUGCGCCACCACGACCUGCCGCCGCAACUUCUACCCCGGCUCUGUUGCACAUGCUUCAAAAUGAGUGGGACGCUUUAGUAUUGGAGGUGUUUGCCUUGAAGCAACAGUACAACUCCACUCGCCAGGAACUAAGUUAUGCUCUAUAUGCACAAGAUGCCGCCAGUCGCGUCAUUGCGCGUCUCAUAAGAGAACGCGAUGCUGCCAGAGAAGCUCUGGCUAAUGUCCAGGCAACUAUGGGAAUCGCUCCAGCAAGCGGUGCGGCUGAAGACGUGGAAAUGGCUGAAGAAAAUGGUGCUCAGGAAGGUGCCCUUCCUAAAGAGAUAGUCGACCAGAUCGACGAAACCCAGCAAAAUCUCUCUGCUACCCGCAAAAAGCGCAAAGCUCCAGCAGGUUACACGAGUACCGCAGAGGUGAAGACGUUUGUUGCAACACACACCGUCCCGUCUUUGCACUCGGCCUCUCCUGCGGGCAUGACUUCUCUUGCCGUUUCCCGUCUUAACCCAUCUCAGUUCCUUACGGGUGGAAACGACAAGAUUGUCCAACUGUACGAUAGAAGUACAGACAAGGUAUUGGCCUCCCUCAAAGGUCACACGAAGAAAGUCAACCAAGUCGCUUUCCGCGAGCACGAGGGUGAAUCGACUUUGAUUUUGUCUGCCGGUGCAGACAAAAUCGCCAAAAUUUGGGCGCAUGAUAGCGCCUCUAGCGAGUACAUACCAAAAGCAACCAUUCGGACGCACAAGGGAGAACUCACUGGCCUCGUUGUGCAUCCCACGAACUCUAUCUUUGCGUUGUCUUCACUUGACAAGACAUAUUCACUCCAUGAACUCUCCAGCUUUACUCAGGUGUACCGAUCAGCCCCCGGAGAAGAUGCUUUCACGUCCCUUGCAAUUCAUCCUGACGGUGCUCUCCUUGCACUGGGUACUCCCUCAUCCAAGAUUCAAAUAUGUGAUGUGCGCUCCGGUAACAUAGCUGCAUCCAUCACACCGCCAGAUGCAUCACCUUUCACCGUCAAUUCACUCUCAUUCUCCGAGAAUGGUUACCAUCUCCUCGCUCCUGACAGCCCCUCGUCCGUUGCCAUCUGGGACCUGAGGAAAAUGAAAACUGCACACACCAUUCCGCUCGGGGAAGGGUUCAAGGUCAAUAAGGUGUUGUAUGAUUACAGCGCACAGUAUCUAGGAGUCGCGGGCAGCGAAGGCAUCCGUGUGUUUGCUCACAAGUCAUGGGAUGAGCUUGUACGUUUCGAAGAAGCAGGGGAUGUAUCAGAUAUUGUGUUUGGAGAGCAGGGCAAGGAGAUCUGGGCUACGAGCGGAAGGGAGGUCAGGAUCUGGGGUUUGCCUGCUUAAAUGUAUGACUUUUUGUGCUGUAUUUCAUCGUGCCGUUAUGUUUGCCUUUUCUUAACAUUGUUAUUUCUUUAAGUCUUCCCAGCUUAGGGGCCUUUUCUGCAAAUUAGUAAGCUGUUGGAUGCUGACACCCCCGGUAACGACAGGAUUUUGAGAGGGCGCAUGACUCGUUGAGAAAUAUUAUUUAACAAAUGAAGGCAAUGUAGUAAUGUACUGGUCUGACUUGCCGAUAUCUUUAUAUCUUGCACUAUAUGUCAAUAUUGGUACACUCAAGUCCGAGU